UAAAAAUUAGGCAUUAUAAUUUGGUAAUUUGGGAAUGAUAAUUUUUGGGAGAGGAAUAAAAUGACGGAAAAGUAUAAAGGUGUCUAUCAGAUCGUUCGUUCUAGCCGCGCGAGAGAGAGAGAGUUGUGUUGCUGCGGCGAUGAAACUCAGAAGAUUUCUAUCGAUUCCAAUACUAUCAGUUUUAAUGUUGAUGGGGGUUUUGUAUUACGUGACAGUGUUCAUCUUCAUUGAGGACUGGUUGAGCUUGCGGAGCUCUGCUGGCUCGUUGAACGCUCUCCUCUUCACUUUCCUCGCUUCUCUAUCCCUCUUCUCCUACAUCGUCUGUGUUCUUAAGGACCCAGGCGGCGUCCCCUCAUCAUAUGUGCCUGAUGUUGAAGAAUCUCAACCUUCCGGCUAUGAAUCCGGCAAAACUGGAAUACAAGCAAGGAAGUGUGACAAGUGUUUGGUGUACAAGCCUCCUAGGGCUCAUCAUUGCCGCAUCUGCGGAAUAUGUAUUUUGAGGAUGGAUCAUCACUGUCUCUGGAUAAAUAAUUGUGUAGGCCAUCGGAAUUACAAGCCCUUUGUUCUUCUAGUCUUUUAUUCUACCAUCACCACUACCUAUUCUUCGAUUAUGUUGAUAAGCAGCAUGGUGGAUAAAGAUUGGACGUCUGUUGAUGUCAGUGGAUGGAGUCCUCUCAGGAUGUUUUAUGUCUCAAGUGGAGUUAUGAUUGUCGGCUUAACCGUGACACUAGGAAGUCUCCUAGCCUGGCACAUCUACCUCACUUCUCAUAAUCUCACAACCAUAGAGUACCGCGAGGCAAGUAGAGCAGCUUGGUUGGCUAGAAAAUCAGGGGUGGCCUAUCGUCAUGCCUUUGAUGUUGGAACUCACAGAAACAUAAUUCUGGUUUUAGGUCCAAACAUGCUGAAAUGGCUAUGCCCAACAGCAACAAACCAUGUCAAAGGUGGUCUUCACUUUCCUACAUCACGCCACGAUAACUUGUGAGUUGUGACUGCGUCUCGCGUGCAUCAACACCAAAAGGUUUUAUUUUUAGGCGCAAAGGGUACAACACGAUUACAUACCAUCUAUAGAGACAUGACUGGUAGUGAGAGAGUUUCUCCUUUGUUGAUUAAAAUGAAUAUGGCCUUGUCCUUGCUUGAAUCUGUUUGAAACAGUCUGGUGUAUAACAUUUUGUUGAAAAAUUGAGGGGAUAUCUCUAGUACCAUAUGUCCACUUUUUUUUUUUUUUUGAAAAAUAAAAAUGCAUUAAUUAAAUAAAGAAAUACUAGAAUAGUAA